AUGGGAAAGAUGAAAACCUUAGACUAUUUUUACAAAAGAAAUGCAGAUGAUAAAGAAACUAAUCAUGAAAAUGAAGAGAGUAAACGUCAAAAAACUUCAACAAGUGAGCCACAACCGCAAGAAACGGAAAAUCAACAAGAGAAUGAGCCACAACCGCAAGAAAAGGAUAAACAACAAGAGAAUGAGCCACAACCACAAGAAAAGGGAAAUCCUAAUGAAGUUGAUUUGAAGAAUCUAGAAAGAGAUCCCGCUAAACGAAAGCAAAUGUGGGAUUAUCCGGUUAAUUUAAGAGAACAAAUGAGACGAGCUUAUCUGAAUUUAGGAGCUUUCCAAAUACAUCUUAAGGAGUAUCAAGCUAAAUGUUCAACAAAACAUCCUCGAUCUGACAAUUGGAAAAAAGUUAAUGACGGGAAAAAUUGUGCAUUCUUGAAACAUAUUGGUUGCUCACAACAUAGAAAUGUUGUUGCAUUUGUUGAAAACUUGAUGAACCAAGCAGCACACAUUGAAAAUAUCAUAAUGAAGCAAAAUGAAGCGCAAAUAUUGAAGAACCGUUUAUGCUUAAAAGUGUCAAUUGACACAGUUCUUUGGUUGACCUUCCAAGCUUGUGCUUUACGAGGACAUGAUGAAACUCUUGAUUCCAAAAAUCGUGGUAAUUUUCUCCAACUUCUAAAACUUCUAGCAUCGUAUAAUGAUGAAGUUGCAAAUGUUAUAUUAGAGAAAGCUCCUUAUAAUUCAAAGUAUACUUCUGCGGACAUUCAAAAAGAAAUUCUUAGUAUUAUUGCAAAUAAAGUUCAAAAGCAUAUUCGUAGUGAAGUGGGGGAUUUAUACUUUUGUGUCAUGGUUGAUGAGUCACGGGAUGAGUCUAAAAAGGAGCAAAUGGCGAUAGUUUUGAGAUUUGUUGAUGUGGAAGGAAUCAUACGUGAAAGGUUCUUGGAUUUGGUUCAUGUUAGGGAUACGUUAUCAUUAACCUUGAAAACAAAUAUGUGGAGACAACUUUUACACUAUCAAUUUGAUGUUAGUAAAAUCCGUGGUCAAGGUUAUGAUGGUGCUAGUAAUAUGAGAGGGGAAUGGAAUGGAUUACAAGCACUUGUUCUUGAGGAUUGCCUUUGUGCUUCCAGUAAGCGUCAUGAUGAGUUACAAAAAGAAAAGGCAACUGAGAUUGAACAGUUAUUGGAACUAGGUGAAAUUGAAUCAGGUAAAGGAUUGAAUCAAGUUGGGACAUUAAGAAGAGCUGGUGAUACACAUUGGGGUUCUCAUUUUCGUUCUGUUUGUAGUUUGCUUAACAUGUUUGCUUGUACUCGUGUUGUUCUCCAAGGAAUAAUUGAUGACGUAUCUGCUACUUAUUCUCAACGCGGAGAUGCUGAUGCAGCUUACUGUUAUCUGAAAUCAUUUGAGUUUGUGUUUAUUCUUCACCUGAUAAAGGAAGUAAUAGGAAAAACUGAAAUACUUUCUCAAGCUCUACAAAAGAAAUCCCAAGAUAUUCUUAAUGUCAUGGAGUUAGUUUCAGCAACAAAGGAGGAUAUGAAUGCUCCAUAUACUUCUAUUCGAUACCGGCCUCGAAAAAUAGACAAUCAUGUUACUUUUGAACAUUUUUAUCGAGUGGAUUUGUUUACAGCCACAUUGGACAAACAGUUACAUGAGUUGAAUAGUAGAUUCAAUGAUCGGGCGAUGGAGUUGUUGAGACUUAGUUCUACUUUAGUUUCUAAAGUGAUUAACGUUGAUCAAAUUUGUCUUCUUGUUGAGAAGUAUUAUCCUGAAAUUUUUACGGAGCAAGAGAGGAUUCAAUUACGAUAUCAAUUGGAGAUUUUUAAUAUUGAUAUCACAAAGAAUCUCAGACUAAGUGGUGUAUCAACUAUUGCUGACCUAUGCAAGCGUCUUGUGGAAACUCAAAAACGUGAGACAUAUUUCUACCGCAACAACAGAGAGGGGAUUUUCAGCAUGUCGGAUGAUUUUCUCGCAAACAACUUGGUGAUUUACAUAGAAAGAGAAAUUGUUGAAAACAUUGAUUCGAAGUCUGUAAUUGAUGAAUUUAAAGACAUUAAAGGUCGUCGGGCUGAGUUGUAA